CUCUGCAAAACUAAAAGCCCCAUUGGAAACUUGUUGAGCUCGUUUAUAGACUCAUCGUCCUCUGAGAUGUCUCUGUCUUACCGGGACUACCUAACCCUUCUCCUUCUGCGUCCUCUCUUCGCAAUCGCAGUCGUUUUCUCGUUCAUCUCCGUUGGUUGGUGGUUGGCCUGGAAGCUGGUUUUGGUUCACGUUCCUCUGGUGCAAGAGAUUUUCGGGCUGCGGAAGAAGACCGUGAAGCCCAAACCCCAAACUGGUCGCUUUUCUAAAAUUUACAGCACCAUUGAAGCCCGCAAUUCGGCUUCUAAAUGAAAGAAAAGCAUUGGGUAAAUUGGGAAAGCAAACUUGGUAGCUUCUUGUGUGUUUGAAUGGUAAGGGAAUGCAGGGCACCAAGUUUAUUGUUUGAUGCAACAAACAAAUUGGCAUACCAAAUUUCAGGUGCUUGAAGAUUACGAGGUUAUGUUCCUUGUAUUUUCUCAGAUACAAAAUGUAAUUUAUCUGUGGGUUUCCCAAGUUGCAUUUUGUCAAGAUGUAUAAAUAUGAACAAAAUUCUGAAGCGAAGGAACCCAGCAUAAAUUUCAAAUGUGGGAUUUCACUUGUA